CUUGGUCCAAUCCUAAUUGUCUCCCUGUUCCCUUUGUCAGUGCCCUACAUUUAGCACAGACUGCUGCACCCUAGUUAGUGCACUUUACUCUGUAAUGUUGGAUUGUAUUUGGGAUGCGGCCACAUUUUGUUUUGGCCCGGUCUCAGAUCUGAGGAAGACAAAUGUCCGAGCUCUCGGUGGUGAUUGUGUGCAGCAUUAAAUCCGUGCUGAGACGCUGCUCGGGCUGUUAGACAACAAUAACACUGAGACAGAGAGAGACAGAGCUGCUGCUGGUCAUGGCGGAGGACAGCGAGUGGGUCACCGAGAGCAUCGCCGCUUAUCUGGGCAGCACAGAGUGGCUCAUUCCGCUCACUGAUUUUAUAGAAAACAAAUGUUCAGUGUUUGACGACGAGGAGGAAAAUAAGUUAUCGUAUACCGAAAUCCAUCAGCAGUACAAACAGAUGGUAGAAAAGCUGUUAGAAAACUACAUGCAGGAAGUCGGCAUUAGCGAACAGCAGUUUCUGGACGCCUGCUCGUCUCCGUUCGCCAAGUCGAAAACCUUGCAGGCUCUGUUCCAGCCGGUGUUGGCCACAAACGACUUUCAGAUGUUUCGCUCGCUGAUGGUGCAGAAGAAUGUGGAGCUGCAGCUUCAGGCCCUGCGCGUCAUUAAGGAGAGGAACGGAGCCCUGCCUGAAUGUCUGACCGACGGUACGGAUGUGAUGAGCGAACUGGAGCAGCAGGAGAUGCAGAUCCUCCAGGAGGUCCUCAAGCGCUCCAAAGAGGAGUACGAGGAGGAGAUCGCUCGCAGACAACACCUCGCUCAGGAGGUGGGUUCAACGUCCACCGACCUCCAUGAGGAACCAGUGAGGAACGGCACUGACCCUCGGGCCGCCGCCCACUCACCCGCUCAGCCAAUCAACAUCCAGGGCAAGAAAGGAGACAAGGAGAAAUCUGAGCUGAGUUUAACCAGAAGAUCUCCUAAAGCCUCCGGUAACAAAGAUUGUAGCACAGAGACAAAAACACUACCAGCAGUCCGAGUACCAGUUAAAGCUCCUGCACCGCAGCUCACGUCCCGGGAGAAAAGUGGCCAUCAGGCAGCAGAGAGCUGGUUAGAGGAAGCGCGGAAGGAAGCAGGAAUCUCCAAACCUUUCCAAGAGCUGACGGUGGCGCAGCAGGAGCAGCUGCAGCAGAGAGCUGAGUAUCUGAGGCAGCAGAGAGACAAACUGCAGGCGCUGAGGAAAGAGCAGAAAGGCAAAUCCGUCAACGUAGAGGAAACCCCGUCCCCGACGCCCACCCCCACCCCCACAACCGCUCCUCACACACAGGAAAUCUCAGUUGAGGAGAAAAAGAAGCUGCAGAAGAGAAAACACCUGGCAGAGAAACUGAAAGAAGAAGUCAUCAAAAAAUAACAUGGAUUACAAUUAAUCUCUCUCUCUCUCUCUCUCUCUCUCUCUCUCUCUCUCUCUCUCUCUCUCUCUCUCACUGACUAACUCACUCACUCUCUCUCCCUCUCACUCACUCACUCCCUCUCUCUCU